GCAGACGCGCUGGCACGCUCUGCCGUGGGUAGAUACAAGGCUGCUUAAAACGACCAUGGCGCAGAGGGUGAGCAUCAUAGCCGCACCCGCUGUUAGGGGAAGGACGAGCCAACCAAGGCACCAUCGAGUCGUCCGAGUCGCUGACCAUCUCCCGCCCGCCGCCGCUCGCCGCCUGAGAAGCCGUGGGAGCGAUGGGUCUGCUGCUGUCUCGAGUGCUGGAGGCGCUGGACGGCCUGGUGCACAGCCGCGGGCCGGUCCGUAUCCUGCUGCUCGGCCUGGACGCGGCCGGCAAGACCACCAUCCUGCACCGGCUCAAGCUGGGCGAGGUCGUCACCACCAUCCCCACCAUCGGCUUCAACGUCGAGACCAUCGAGUACCGAAACAUCAGCUUCACCGUCUGGGACGUCGGCGGCCAGUCGAUCCUGCGUCCGCUCUGGCACCAUUACUUCAGCAACGCCAAGGGCCUCAUCUACGUCGUGGACUCGAUGGACCGCGCGCGCGUCCAGCUGGCCGCCGAGGAGCUCCGCGACAUGCUGCAGCAUGACGACCUGCAGCGCGUGCCCGUGGUCGUCCUGGCCAACAAGCAGGACAUGCCCGGGGUCAUGACCCCGAGCGAGGUCACCGAGCGACUGGGCGUCCGCAAACUGACCCAGCAGCCGUGGCACGUGCAGGCCACCUCGGCAACGCAGGGAGAGGGCCUGUAUGAAGCCCUCGACUGGCUGUCCAGCGAGAUCCAGAGACGCUAGGCGCCCCUCGCCGCCAACACUGCCACACAUCGUGGAACUGUUGAAGCCGUGCUACAAAUUGUUGGUUUGUAUCGACGUGUGCAACAUCUGCAUUGAUCAGGGGCAAUCCCCGGCUCUCAACACCCGUCGGGCACGUGUCCUGCGGCGAUGGUUGGACGCCAGACCUGGCCAUCUGCCGGGCUACGCGUUAACGGGCGCCGGCGGUCGGCACGACCCACAAGCGCGCGUUGUGACUACGCCGAGCGAACCCUGCUGACGUGUUAGAUGCUCAAAUUAAGUAUACAACAAAAAUAUUAUCCACUUCGCCGACCAGCGCGAGGUCAAACUGGCUAUUAGUUAUUGUUGCUUUGGCCUGUAUCGCGUCCUACCACCUACUGGUUCUCGAAGCAACCAACUUCCGAGCCUUUCUGACGCAUCUGUGCUUGUUGGGGAUGUGGUGAAU